AUGCCAGUGCUCACCCUGGUUGCGUCAUACCCAGGAGGUAAGGAUAGCCACCUCCGUCGCAUUCAUACUGCUUGGGUAGCAUCAAAUCACGUACCUCGUCAAUUGGGUCAAAGCAGACGGACAGGUUUCAAAUUAUUCCCUGCAGCAGGUGAUCAUCUGCCGGAUCUUCAAACAUUCAAACUCCUACCAAUGUACAAAGUAAAGCCUAUUCGGAUGCAGAUCCGAUCUAUGGUUUGUCGUUCCAGUACCCACAACGCUCAUUUCGAUGACGAUCGGAAGUGGGUGUACAGUAUUGUGUGGCCUCACCUGCUCUCUUCUGCCUUAGUCACAUUCAGGUUUACAAUUUCUUUGUCACAUAAUCUCAAGUAUCUCAGGCUUCUGUAUAUCAAACAGUUCCUCAGCAGGGGUGGGAGACGAAAACACCCAGUCUUAUUUAAAAAAAAAAAAUAA